UUAUAAGAUUCCUUAUUGAUGAACAUUUAUUUUGUUUAUUAUAUUUUUGCUGUAUAAGCAAAUAAUAAUAAUGAGGUUUGAGCAAUUCUGUUUACGAGGAGCAAAUUGACUCUAAAUACUGGGGUGAAAUAAAAAUGGCUGCUGUCUACCUAUCCUGCCUGAUAGCGACGUGAAUUUAUAAAGUGUUGUGCGCAUCUGUUAUGUAGUAUUAAUGAUAGAAUUACAACGGAUGUUGCAAUUUAGGAUAUAUUGAAUAUAUAUCUUUGAUUAUUUGAAUAAAUUGUAUGUGUAUUAUGUUUGAUUUUUUAAUGAUAUUCCAUUGGUGUAAAAUUCAAUAACCCUCAAGUUAGAAAAACGACAUGGCGGACUGACAAUCGACCAAUGAGAAGCAAGCAUUAAGCGUUUCAGAAUUGCAUGCACCUAUUCACAUUUCGCGUCAUUACGUUUUGGUGCCUUGUUUCUUAGAUAAUAAUCCAAAUUUGUGAAGUGUUAAGUUAUGAACUAAAUAUUUUACUGACAAAACUGUGAAAAAUAUCGCGUUUAUCCGUCGUACCAUUGUUUCUGUGAAGCGUCUCAAAAGGCUGGGAUCAUGAAUGCCUUAGAUUUAGGGUGAACCUAAAUACAAUUAUGUACAUCGUUUUGUUAUGGUAAACAAUUAUGUGUUUGCAAUACACGUGCGGAAUUGUACAAAAUUGACAGUUGUUUAUAAUGAUGACGGGAAGGGGGGCUAAAAAACGCGGGAGGCCCCCGAAAUCGGGAAGUUUUGAAAAGAAUAGAAAAUUCCAAUAUCAUUUAUUGAAGAAACCAAAAUAUUUACAAGCACAAAAUAUAGGAUCUGGUUCUCUCGCUAGUACUCCAUCUGCAUCAAGAGCAUCCUCGCCACAAGGUAGUGACGUUAGUAGACGAAGUACAAGGAAACAGAGAGGCGGUAAAUCGCAUAAAAGUAAAAGAGGAGGAUUAUCAAAUGCGUAUUCACGAAGAGGAUAUAAUCCUCAAGCUGCUGAUUAUCACGAGUCGGAAUAUCACUAUGGUUCAGACUUCGGAGACGAUUAUAGUGAUAGAUCAGAUCCUGAAGAAGAUCGCGCUAGUGAUAGCUCUGAGGGUUCCAUAGUUGACGGUGCAGCAAGUGAUAGUGACUUUUCUAUCAGUAGUUAUAGCUCUACAGGAGUUAACUCCCGAAAAACGAAUAGUAAUCUUCUUCGACCCCCAAGUCCAGAUCCUCUCUGGUUACAACAAGAACGUCAAAUACCUCCAUUAGAUCUUCCACCAUCUUCUGAUGAUUUGAUAAUAUCUCAUCAAUUAGUUUUACAAAUAGUAGGUAUUUAUGAGGUACUACGACAUUUCAGGCAUUUGGUUAGAUUAUCUCCGUUUAGACUAGAGGAUCUGUGUGCAGCUAUAAGUUGUGAAGAUCAGAGUAAUUUGCUUAUAGAGGUACAUAUAAUGUUGCUUAAAGCUCUACUGAGAGAAGAAGAUGCGCAGCAGACUCAUUUUGGGCCAUUAGAUCAUAAAGACAGUGUUAACAUUACUUUAUUUCUGUUGGAUACUAUGACAUGGCCUGAAGUUUUAAGAGUUUAUGUAGAAAGUGAUAAAUCAUUUGAUAAAAAUGUAGCUAGAAUAUUAAACUCAUGUGAAUAUCCAUUUACUACUGUAGAAGAUCGUUUGGCAGUGCUUCAAUUUUUGUGUAACCAAUUUUUAAUUACAAAUCCAGUAAGAGAUGAUCUUAUUAGUGAAGUUCCUAUACAUUAUGAUGACCACUGUCGAGUUUGUCAUCGGUUGGGAGAUCUUUUAUGUUGUGAGACAUGUCCAGCUGUUUUCCAUCUUGAAUGUGUUGAUCCACCAUUAGUAGAUGUGCCUUCUGAAGACUGGCAAUGCGCUCUUUGUAAACAACACAAAACUGUUGGUGUAACUGACUGCUUGCCAGAUGCAGAGAAACAGGGUCUAUUAUGUCGCCAUGAACAUUUAGGUUUUGAUAGACAUGGCAGGAAGUACUGGUUUAUUGCAAGAAGAAUUUUCGUGGAGGCUGAUAAUGGUGAUGUCUGGUAUUACACCACAGCCCAGCAACUUCAAGAACUUUUGGAAGUUUUAGAUGCAUCUGAAAUGGAAGCUCCUUUAGUUCGUGAGCUAUUAGAAAUGAAACAAGAAAUAUUAAGACAAAUGGAUGUAACAGAAAAGUUAACUAAUCAAGCUAAGGGAAAUCGUAAGUCGUAUCUAGAAGUAGAGAAUGCUAAUAUAAUUAAGCAAAAAAGAAUGAAAGAAGAACAGAGCAAUGAAUUUCAAGUAGGUGAAAAGGAUGAAGAAAUGUCUUUAGUAACUGAUACAGAUGUUGUAAAUGAGGUCACUGUCACUAGUGAUGAAACUGUAAAAGAUGACCAUGAUGAUACAGAAGAAGAAGACUCUAAAAAAUCUAAAAAUAAUUGCACACCUAAGUUAAAGUCUCUAAUACAAAAGAAGAAUGAUGAGAUUACGGAACGAGUUACAAGAUUAAAAUCAAAUCAAAUCUCAAAUGGUACAUAUCUUUUUAAAUUAGGCAAUGAAAAUGCCUUCAAAAGUUAUGUUAAUCAAUAUACAACUAAUCCAUUAGCUUUAAAUAAGCCCCAAAGAAAUGAAGAAAGAGAUAAAAAGCGUUAUACUUCACAUAAGUUCUCUUUAUCUUCAGGACAAGAAUUUAAAUGGGUUGGCUUGUUAAAUGCAACAAAACCGUUGUUUGUCGCCACAUUAAGACAAACGCUACUACAACUGGAAUCUAAUAUAGUACUACAAUUUAUGCAUCCUAAUUGGACAUUAUUACGGAAGCCAUGGGUACAGGCCGUUCAACUCUGUCAGGCACCUAGGGACUUUGCCAGGGCAUUGUGUGUAUUGCAGGCAUGCAUUAAAAAUGCUGUUUGGGUACCAGCUUGGCAUGAGCAAUUAGGUCAUGUCAAACUUCUAAGAACUACAGCAGCUGAACGAGAAGAACGCAAGAAACUAGAUAAAAGAGAAAAAAAGGAGAGGGACGAAGAAGAAGAGCGUUAUAGGACUGCUUACAAUUUCGUUAAGUUUUCAUUAGGUUUAAGACACCAGGUUUGGAAACAAAAAGGAGAAGAAUACAGAAUUCAUGGUCAGUGGGGUUGGUUAUGGAAUUCUGCAACAAGAAAAUUCAAAAAGCACAAUGCUAACCCUAAGUUAAGCUUAUAUAACGGCCCUGCGAAAAUUGCUGUCAGGGUCAGAGAAGGAAGUAUAAUAAAGGUAUUGGCAGUAGAACCUAAAACUUACGAAUAUUUGACUUCAAAUGAGACUGAAGAAAAAGAUGUCACAGCAAAAUUGCCAGCAUCUAUGAAAAAUAUGAAAUUAGAAAAAGAAAUUGAUGACUUUGAAGAGAUUGAUGUAGAAAAAGCUUUAAGUUCCUCAACAAGAAGAUAUUAUCCUAAGAUAGCAAGGAAAUCUAAAUUAGACGAUUUUUUAGCCCGACGAACAUAUUUGAAAUUUAUGGAAGAAAAAAAGUUAGGAAAUCUUUUAAGCAAUAUAAAAAAAGAAGAAGUAGGUUUAAAGAAUGAAGAAGAUAAAAAUGUUGACAUUGAAAACGAAGAACCAGAUGCUGAAGAAUCUGCUACACCUGAUAGGGAAGUUAAAAGUAAAAGUAUAACUGUUGCUUCAAAAGAUAUAGAAGCUAUCAAAGAUAAAUUUAAAAGUCUAAAUAAUUUAACAAAACAUUACAAAUGUUAUUCAGAAGGUUGUAAUAAAUUGGAACCAUCUGCAAUAUUGGCAGGUUUAAAAAUUGAUUGUUAUUCACCCUUAUGUAUAGAAAAAGGCUUACUGUUAAAUCAGUUACUUUCAUUGCUGAAAGAUGGUUCAAACAAUUAUAAUUUGCUUUUAUUUGCAAAUUCAAAGGAAAAUAAUAAAGCAUCAAUAUUAGAGCAAUAUUUAUUAGGAAAAGCUCCUAACUCAAACAAUGAGAAUAUUUUAUCUGAUUUAUUAUCUGCAGCAGCAUGUGCUCAAGAGUGUGACAACAAAAAUUCGGAUUGUUUUGUCAAGAGAAAAUCCACUGAAGAUAGUGAUGUAAAUUUUAAGAUAGAUAAAGCUGGUAAUGAUAACAACAAUUCAAUGUGUUUAAUAAAGUCUGAGAGCACACUCGAAGAAUCUGCCGUUCCUGCUGUGGGAAAUGAAAUGGACAUUGAUAUUACAAGUAAUAAUAAUGAUGACAAUGAAGUUGAAAUUGGUCCUUUGAAAGAAUUAACUGACCAUGAUCAUCAAGAAUCUAAAUGUGAGGACAACAAAGAGCGUCCUCCAAUACCUAAACUAAAAAUUACAAGAGGAAAAUCUGCGAAAAUGUCAGCCAACUCUAAUAAACUUUCUAUGAAUGAUAAAGGGCAUGAUUCCUCCUAUGAAUGCUCAUUAAAAACAGAGAAAGAGUCACAAAAACCGAAAUAUCGUGCUCUAGUAAACAGGCGUUUUGGAAUGCCUAGAAGUGUAAAAAGAGAAGACAAAAUAAAGGAAGAAAAAAAUGAUGGUGCAAUUGUAAGGAUAUACUCAACUGAGAAUCCCAAUGGAAAGGUUUAUCUCAAGAGAGUACAAACUGCUGCAGUAGAAAAGAAAAAGAAGAGGACUCCUGUUAAAUAUCCAUUAUGCUCAUCAUUUCACACAAAAAGCAAAGCUAAGACUAUAAUGGUUUUGCCUCAUCAUGAACUAAAAAAGCUUUGCAGACAAGCUGGACACAACACAGUAAGUGGUUUUAGCCAUAGUGCUAAGCCAAAUCAGCUGGUAUGGCCUUAUCCUUGUGCAAGACCUCUUUUUAAGACUUGCUGGCUCUAUCGAACAGUCAAUUUGCAAUGGCUAGCUAGUGCAGCGUUGCAGUUACGUAUAAUGUGGGCGUGCUUACGGUGGGAUGACAUGGCUGCCAAACCAGCCACUGCUGACGGAAAACAUCAACUUACCACCGACACAGAAAUUGUUUCACUUGAAUUAUUGAAACAUCGACAUAUUGGUCAAUUUUCAGAGCGAACACAAUAUCUUCGCAGAAAAGUAGUUAUACCUUUAGAAUUGCCUAAAACAGUACGAGAGGUGACUUCUAUACGAAGCGGUUUACGUAAAAGAAAACGAGCUGAAUCUCCCCAAAAUACUGAACCUCAGGUAACUGAAGAAUGGGUAGACGAGGAUAAACUAGAAUUAUGGGAAGUGCGGCAAUACGGUGAGCGCGCCGAAAGAGUGACUCCCGUGACUCGCACUUCAACUGGCAAAUUGCCACAACGUAAUAUCGCCCCAGCUCUACCAAAUGCAUCUGACCUUAAAGAUAAAAUGGAGCAGCAAUUACGUGAACAACGAGCCGCUCAUCAACAAAAAAGAGCACUUGAGAUGUCACAAGAAAAAUCGAAGAAUACUCCUAAUCAAAGCUCUGGUAAAAGUACAUUGACUUCGUUGCUUACAAAUGCUAAUACACCAACUGGUCAAAAGACUGUAAUUGGAACCAGAAGAAUUAUUAUGACUAAAGGUGCUGAUGGCACUACAAGAGUAAUAAGUCAACCUAUUGGAAGUGCAAGUAAAUCAAUUUUAUCCUCUGAAGCCACAAAAUCAAAUAGUACACCUCAAAAAGAAGGUCCACAAAAAGUUCAAAUAAUAAGAGCUCCAGAUGGCAAAAUUACAGUUCGAGGGCUACUCGCAGGACAACAAUUAAUACAAAUGCCAGAUGGUAAAUUACAUGUGGUUAUGCCUGGGCAACAAGGUAUAGCUGGACAAUUAGUUGCUGCAUCCCCCGCUGCUAAGUCAGAUAAUGACACGAUUUCUAAUGAUAAUACUGAUAAAAUUGGGGCCCAAAUGAAAAACAACACAGAAAGCACGGUAUCAAUUCAGUCACCUCGAAUUGCAAGUCAAACAGCGUCUCAGUCAAGUUUGCCUACCAGCCGACACAUCGUUGUACAACCUGCUCAGCAGGUGGUCGUUCAAGCUCCACAGCAGAUGGUGGUGCAGUCUCCGCAACAGGUUGUGGUGCAGGCGGGCGCGCGCACCCCGUGUCCGCCGCGCAUGCAGCCCGUACAGACAGUUUUAGUGCAGGGCCAGAUUCUGCAACGUCCGCAGACGCCGGCACGCACCCCUGCCCCGCGCCCCGCGGCACCACGCCCGCGCGCCACCACCACGCAGCAGAUAGUCGUGAACAACCCGGCUCUCGUGCAGCAAAUAGCGGCGGGAAAGAUCCAACUCGCUACCGUGAACGGACAGCAGGUGCUAAUUCGGCCGACGGGCAAUAACCAGGCGCAGAUAGUUGCGCACAUCGGCCAGAGCCCAUCAGUUGCAAAUUCGUCACCUGCUCCGAGUCCGUCCCCAGCUCCAAUCCCGGUGGCGUCGGUGCGGCCGGUCGUAGCGCCCAUUCCGGCAACCGCCACGCAACCGACUCUCACUGAGGAUCAGAUAAUGGAAAAGCGUCUUCUGGCCGGUCAACCACCUGGCACCGUCAUAAAAACCGUUACUGCGCAGGUGAUGCAAACUAGCAGCGGCCCAAGCAUCGUUCUGCAAGGCCUGCAUGGCUAUUCGCUAACGCCACAACAGUUGGCAUUAGUACAGCAUCAAGUGAAGCAGCAACUUUUAAAAGCACAAGAAUCAACAGGAAAGCAAGGCAUGCUAGGGCCGAGGAAGAUGUACUUAGCGGUACAGCCCACGCCGAGCGCGCCGCCCCCGCUAGCGCCCGUGACGCCGCAGCCCGCGCUGCACGCGCUGCAGCCGCUGCAGUCGCUGUCCGCGCCCGCCGCCGCGCUGCAGUCCGUGCCCUCCCCCGCACCCGUCUCUGCGCCGACGCCCGCUCACCAGGAUAGUAAAGCAGAAGAUAAAAUAAAGCGACAACCAUUAUUUAAUGGCGAAGAUCAUGUGGCAGAAGCCGUAAGUCAUAAAGAGGCAAUACCUUCUAAACCCGAAGAUAUACCAGAAAAUAAUACUAAAACUGAUAUAAUUAACUCCGGUCAUGACAGAGCUCAAAGUAACAAGUUCGUUCUCACACCAGAUUACAUACAGCAAACAAUUAAAAGCGCACUAAAACAAGAAAAUUUAAACCCCGAAAUAGAAGAGAAACUGCUUCAACUGCAGCGGUAUCAGGAGAAACAAAUGAAGCCGGAGGUGCAAGUGGAGCGCGAGGUGCGCGCCGUCGUCGUGCGCUCGCCCUCUCCGCAGCCGCGCCGCCGCGGCCUCUCGCGGCACGACGACGACGACGAGUGGGUGGAGAGCAGUCCGCGCAAGCGAUCACGCGCCCGGCCGCCCUCUCCGCCGGUCGUGUUCACCGCCGUGGCAGCGCCCGCGCUGUCGCCGUCGCCGUCACCUUCGCCCUCGCUGUCGCCCGCACCGCCGCCGCGCGCGCCGCCUCGGGCGCCGCCCGCGCAGCCGCCCGCCAGCGCCCCCACGCCCGCGCCCGCUCAAGCCCCCACACCCGCCGUUCCCGACGAACGUCGUCGCGCCGCCUCGACUCAUUCUCGACUACUUCUUUUGUUCAAGCACAAGGAGAUGCUCAAGAAGGAUAUUAUUAAAAAACGUGGUCUGCUCGAGAAGGAGCUCGGCGUAGAAAUUCAGAAGGAGCUCUCGGCGGAGCUGGCGCUGCGAACGCGCGCCGAGCGCAGCAAGCAGGAGGAGGUGCGCGGCAAGCGGCGCGUCGUGGUGGGCGCCGCGCGGGAUGCCACUCCGCGCAACAAUAAGAAGGCUAACAAGAAAGAAAAACUUCUCUGCAUAUGUCGUACACCAUAUGACAACACAAAGUUUUACGUUGGUUGCGAGCAUUGCAGCAAUUGGUUCCAUGGAGACUGUGUUGGCGUUACUGAAGAAAUGAGUAAAACAAUGGAGGAGUAUGUUUGUUCGGAGUGUCGACGAGCCGAGGAAACUCAAGAACUUUAUUGUUUAUGUCGGCAACCCUAUGAUAAUUCGCAGUUUUAUAUUUGUUGUGACCGAUGUCAAGAUUGGUUCCAUGGCAGAUGUGUUGGUAUUCUGCAGUCUGAGGCUGAUAACAUUGAUGAAUAUAUUUGCCCGAAUUGUCAAAAAAACAAUUCUGUAAAUUUCGCAAAUAUGAAAGAGCUCACCCCCAAAGAUUUCGAAAAUCUCAAAAGGCUAGUUAAACAAAUACAAUUACAUAAAAAUGCAUGGCCUUUUAUGGAGCCUGUUGAUCCCAGAGAAGCUCCAACCUAUUACAAAGUUAUAAAAGAACCUAUGGAUCUACAAACAGUGGAAAGAAAGGUGAAUGACCAAACUUAUAGUACGUUGAGUGAAUUCAUUGGUGAUAUGACUAAAAUUUUUGACAAUUGUCGUUACUUUAAUCCAAAAGACUCCGAAUUUUACCGAUGUGCAGACGGUCUUGAAGCAUUCUUUGCGCAAAAAAUAAAAUACUUUCGUGAAAAGUUAUUUGAAUCUACACAAUGAUAAAGUGCAGUGUGUCUUGUAAAGGAACAGUGAAUAAAGGCCUUAAAAGGCAAGUUGGUUUAAAAGACAUUUGAUUUCAUUAAAGUAUGUUACAUUAUCUGAUCUGUAACACUUGUAUAUUGAAAACAUUGUGAUGAAAUUUCAAAGAUAAAUAAUUUGUAUAAAAUAUCGCUGGAGAUAUCAGUUGAGUCAGUCAGUUCAAUUUUCAUGUUAAGUAUUUAUUGUAUUUAUUAAUGCUUUACAUUUAUAAUAAUCUUCAUUAAUACUGACACUCAUCGGAAAUGAAGCUCUAUACAGAGGAAUAUGAUUAUAUAUAGUUUUGUGAAAAAUUGUAUUAGCUGAUAUGACUUAGCUACUUUAGUUUAAAUUUAGUUUUUAGUUUAAGUAAUAAGUAAACAUUAUUGUAUGUAAGAAAUAAAUUU